UUGGUGGCAAAUAGUCUGAUUGUGUUAUUCAAACGAAACGGUUGUUAAACAAGAAAAGAAAAAUCAUUUCAAAACUGCUGUUAUACAAAGUAUACAACCCUAAAAAAACAUAAAUUAUAAAAGAUUCAAUUUAUUUUUUAAAAAUAAAUAAAGGAAACGUAUAUAAAGAAAUUGUAUAAUAAAUAUAAUUUAAAAUACAAAAGAUUUAAAAUGGAAAAAUCGAAUCGACCUCAGCGUAAUCGUCGUCAUAGUAGACGCGCCUGGCCACCAGAAGAUGAUUUACAUUAUCCACGACCCGCCAAACGUUUAUUUACGCCCGAAAUCAAGCGUAUGCUUAAAGAAUGGUUAGUAAGGCGACGUGAAAACCCCUACCCCAGUCGAGAGGAGAAGAAACGUUUAGCCAUCGAGACUGGUCUAACUUAUACACAAAUCUGUAAUUGGUUUGCCAAUUGGAGGCGUAAACUGAAAAAUUCCGAAAGAGAAAAAUCAAAAAAAUCUUGGGGUCAUUUAAUCAAACACUAUAAUAACAAUGCCAAGGGAAAUGUAGAACAAUUUAGUAUAUCAUCGGAGGACAGUAUAUGGGAAGAGGAACAAGAACAGCAAAGACGAAAUCGAAUGAAUGAAAGAGCAUUAAAAGGCGAGGAUUAUGAUGAUGAAGAGUAUGAGGAUGAUGAGGAUUCAUCGUUAUGUGAUAUAGAAGGAUCUAAUGAAUCUUCCACCGAUAUAGAACGUAAUGGCAGUUGUGGCAGCGGAGAGACACAAGUAAUGGAUAACGGCUAUAAACCAAAUUAUUAUAUGGAUACCAUGACAAUGAGCAAAGAUCCAGUAGAGUUAUUUAUAGGUAGAGAAGUGGGUUUGACAACCACGGCCACGUGUCAAGUAACUGGCGGUGGUGGUGGUGGCAAUGAUAGUGCAACAAAAACCAAGUACAAACAAAAAAUGAUGGAAAAAUAUUUAAGAGAUACUACUAAUGAUUCCUUGCAAAUAAAUAACAAUAAUAUUAACAUACAAUCGAUGGGACAACCGCAUGAUCAAAUGUCAGCAGCCUAUGUUAAUGGCAAUAAUACAACGAUUAUCAAAUCAGGAGCCGAACUAUCCAAAUGGCUAGAAAGUGCGGCUAAGUUUACACCCAAUAAAAACAACUAUUACAUAGAAUGGAAUAGUAAAAGAAACAAGCUUGAGAAAAAACCCAUUCUUACCAAAACUACAUUUCUACCAACUAAUAACACGGCUAAUCUACAAAACUCGAAUACUACAGUUACUAUGUUGCCCCUACUAUAUUCCACCACACCUUUAGUACAAAGAGAAAAUUCUCAGGAUCAUCAUCUCCACUAUCACCAUCAACACCAGCAACAGCAUAUUUAUGAUGUUAUACAUCAUAAGGAUGAAUUGGAUGCUGCAGAGGCUUUGGCCAAUUUGGCCUUUAAUUGUCGUCAGAAAAUGUUAGAUUCUGCCGCAAAUGGUAGAAACUCUCUUUCAUGGCCCUUAAAUGCAAUAAGUUCGUGAUUUUUUAAGACAGAAAUAAAGCAUUUAGUUUUAAAUGGUAUAGAAACGUGAAAGAUUCUAUAAGACAAAAGCAUUCCAGCACGAGAUUUUAUUGAUUUAAAGUGCGGAAGAAUAAAAAUAUACAAAAAAAAA